AUGGUCGGCUUUGGUUCUUCACUUCGCCUGGCAAGACGCCCGGGAUGGGAAGAAGCCUACUUGGACUAUGAAGCGCUCAAGCUGCUGUUGACUCAGAUUGAAGCCAUUUACGAGGAAGAAGCGCACUUGCAGCAACGACGACAAGAUGGACGAGAUUUGGAUGUCAUGUUUUACGACACUCCGCAAGGCCACGGAUUCACGACAUCGACGACAGCCGUCAACGAAACGGAACCAGCGGGCAAUGAUUACCGCAAGGAACUCUUUCUGGAAUCCGAUUCCGAUGCCGCCUUUGAAGCCCUCAUGAAGUAUGAUUACUACUCGGCCGAAGAAGAAGCAUCGGAAUUGGAACAACAGCAACAACUAGAACGGGAACAUCAGGCUGCCAUGCAAGCACAGUGGCAACUUCAUAUGUCCAGUCAACAACAACAACAACACAAUCAUAACAAUAGCAAUACAAUGAACAACAAUCCAGCGUCUCCCAUGGCCGCGACACGCCAGAACAACAACGACAACAGCAAUCACAACCGAUCUUCUUCCAAUACAGACUCCAUUUAUUACACUAGUGAACAGCAAAACUCACACCAGCAUCGAAGAGGCGACUCGAAUGCGAGUGGACCCAAUGGAGCGCACUUUUCGCUCGCAUCCUAUCAAGUUUCACGCCAUCAGGAUCUUUACCAUCAUCCUGAAGGAUAUGCCAAUAUGGACGAAGAUGAUGACGACGAUAGCAUUGAUAGUACUCCUCACAACAACUGUGUGCCUUCGGCUUGGGGAGGAGGAAAGACAAAGCGCAAACCGUCACCCAAGAAAAAGAACAAUAACAACAACAGAGGUCUCCACUUUCACGGCAAGAGUGGAGGAAGCCAGUUUCUUUCUCCGGCAGCUGAGAACGAUUUCUUUGUCACGGCUGGGUCCAAUGCCGAUGCCUUCAUCAUGGACAGCAGUUCCGAACACCAGCACGACGACUAUAGUACCGAUCUAAUGGCAGGACCCGUUACACCUCCUCCACCUGGAGACAACCUGAAGCAUCAUGCUUCCACAUCGGUCGCUUUUGCUGCUGGAACAGCCACGGCACCCGCCUCUGCCACUACCAGUAAUGCCGCCAAACAAGCCUUAGAAGAAGAACGCAAACAAGAACGACGGAAACGACGACAAAAGAAACGACAACGGUUGGCCAAGCGCAAAGCAUUGGAACGCAAAGUACCACGGCAUAUGCGUCGGGCGCAUACCAAAGCACGAGACAUUACCGAACGGUUCUUGGGUCUUCUACGGGCUGAAUGCGAAAAAGUCAUGCUGUUUGCGCAAUCGCGGUUGGGAGAAUUGGCAGAUACGUGUGGAUCGUUGCGGUUUCCCGCCAUGGAAGAUGAACAUUUGCAAGCAUCUUCAUCUCAAUCGCAAUCGCAUCAAUAUCAACAACACUAUGGCGAUUUGACAUCCAUCAUUUCCAGUCAUCAUCAUCAUCAUUCGUCAGCCGAGGCACCCUUGUCACCCACCACCAACAGUGGCGCAGCACGGACUACGCCGGCAUCCUACGAUUAUCCACUCUCGGAUGGUGGUAUGCAUUCCUCGGCAUCGUCGUCGUCGGAUGACGCGGCAGACGAAGAUGACACUGGUCUUCUCUUUUAUUGGUCCGAUUCCUCCAACAGUGACGACUCAGUCAAGAGUCGUGACAGUGCCAGUCCCAAUGUCCCACGAAGUUUGUCGGCCUAUCGGGAUUUGCAGCAACGUCGCAAGAUGAGAUCUUCUUCCAAGAAUCAUCAUCAUCAUCAUCAUCAUGCCAAGAACGAGAGCCACAGAAGUGCUCGCCACAAUCAUCACAACAAUGUCGUGCAAAAGCACGAAGGAUUUGAUUCUGCCAAGAGACACUUGGAUCAUUUCGAAAAGCUCCGCCGUAAUAAGCCAAUCUUCCAACGCAGCGGCAAUGUCAUGGGGGAAGAUCUCUUGCUGCUGUCAGCUGUGGACGAAGCCGAUGGGUACACUGCUGUGGGAGUGGAACUGAUGCAUGUUCUAAGGUUCAUAUGCGUCAAUCUGAUUGCUGUCCGAAAGAUUUGUCGCAAACACGAUCGAUUGCUCAUGAAUCGAAUGCUGGGUGGGUAUUAUCACCACCUCAAACUGUUGGCAUUCUCUGAAAGCAAUAGCAAAUGGAAAGAAAAUGGACUACGUGAUACGCAACGGUCCUUUCAGGACGAGCACGUUCAGAAUGCACAAACCCUUGGAGGACUGCUGGCACGUGAGUCGGCAGAUAUCUUUGAACCACAUCAUCCUCAGGUUAUUGGUCAAGUGCAAAACUACAAGUUGGUUGGUUUGUACGACGCCAAUCUGCAACAAUUAGCAAACUCAAGGACCGUACAAGUGAUCUCGUCAUGCCUUGUACUUGCGCUGUCUGAGUACGAAGUGUCUCGAUCUCGAGCCAAUGCCUUGGCGACACUAAAUACAACGGCAUCCGGCCUUCCUGCACCCCGAAGAGGCAGUUCGAGCCGAGAUUUUUUGCGCCACAGGCAGCAGCAGCAAGAUCAAAUGUCAACAAUGACCGGGGGCUCUUUUGCAGUAGGAGGAUCCAUGGGUCCCUUUGACGAAAAUGAAGAGUAUGCAAUGUGCGCGGAUUCGGAUGCACCGUCGACUGCGUCCAGCAUAUCGCUGACGAGAUUGCGCUUCACCGUUACCUCCAUCAUUGCUUUACGAGAAGCGGCGCGGCGGAAACAAGACGUCUAUCCAACGUAUCUCAGCCGAUCGAUGUUAGCGUUCACCGGGCGGGCAGUGGUUGGCGAGGGGCUCGAUGGGUGUUCCAGGGAGACACUUGAUUUCCUCGUCUCCUACAACCCCGACGCGGCAUUGCUGAUGGAUCCGUCAUCAUUGAAUGAUGGACUGAAGCAGGGUAUGUGGUCGAAGCGGUCCAUGUGUUCCGUGAUGACUUCUUCUUUGGCAGUUGCAACUACACCGGUGGAACUCCCAUACGCACUGUCCGGAAGGACGAUUCGGCAGCAAGCAAAGGCGGUCGUCUCUGCAGUGAACAUAUUACCAAAAUUCAAGUUUGUGGACGGCCCAGAUCUGUUUAAAGGUCAAAGGAACAAGCAGGCGAUCUCGGGCGUUGCAUUAUCUGACUAUGACUCCUUUCGGUCUAUACUGAGGUUGAAUCGGGCGUCCAAUUUCCUUUAUACGAUGAACUACUUCUGCGUCCAUCCCACUACGAUCACGUUUGUCUUGGCUCUCCAGCAGCCAGGAGUUCAUUCUGCUUUGGUUAUUGGAGCCCCCAAUGUUGCAGCCUUACUGUCAGCACUUUUUCAUUGCUACGUGUUGUCGGGUGACAGCAAAGAACCGCUAGCCAGGAUAUCUUCCCUGCGGUGGCUGUUCAUGCUUGCUGCACUCUUUGGAGCGGUUGGGAAUGCUGUGCAGGUUGUGGGGUUUUGGAAGAACAGCAUGUUGCUAGCAGUGCUUGGCCGCUUUGUCAUGGGAUUUAGCUGUUCCUCGAUCUUGCACCGCAACCUCGUGGCUAGCCUCUUGCCCAUGAAUCGUCUUGUGACCGAGACUGCGGUUCUAGUGCAGACUCAAGUCCUUGGUCAAUUGACGGGCUUGUUGGUUGGAACCCUCGCAGAAUACCUGCCUUAUCACAUAAGAGGAUGGGGCGUAAAAUCUUUGUCAAGCUCCACUUGGUUGAUGGCGUUUUGCUGGUUCAUGCAAUUCUUGUGUGUCUGUAUCAAUUUCAAAGUGGAAGACAGCGAGGAACAAGAAAAGCUCGAAGCCAACAAUGCAGCAGAAGUGGAACAGAUGUUAGCCAGAUACACGACUACAAACAAUCCGCAGCCACCCGAAAUGAAGCAACAGCAACAACACCAUGACUCGGACUCAUCUACGUCAGGGCAAGGGAAGUCGCACUCCUCCGGCCAUCGAACCUCCUUGCAACUCACGUAUGGAACAGGCACAGCUGAGGAACCGAUUCAAGACGACCCAAAGGAUACGUCAUUGGAUGAAAUGAGCCCCUUGAGGAAAAAGAAGAAAAGGAAAGGAAGACGAAGGCGUCGGACUCUGAUGUCUUUUCCUAGUCGAUUGAAGCGGUUGCUUGCCUACAGCGUUGCCGUUCCUCUUUGUUUCUUCAUGGUGCUUUACAUCAAGUUUGCCCAGGAAGUCAUAUUCUCAUCUUCGGCAAUCAUUUUGAACCGGUACUUCAGUUGGGGUGGAGGCCGAGCGGGUAUAUUCUUGUCAGGGUUGACCAUCGCUGUGCUUCCAAUGAACUAUAUCUGUGGCCACAUCGCUCAGAAGUACGAAGAGCGCACCGUCAUCAAGAAAUCUCUGAUUGUCCUCUUUGUAGGGUUGCUGAUCAUGUUGAACUAUGGGUCCAUAGUCAAGCUUGGCUUUCAGCUUGAGAGUCUCUUUACCGAGACGGAAGAAAGGAAGGCCGAGACCCUCUACGACUGGCUCAUUGGAAUUGUGCAGUACUUUGUCGGCUGCACCGUCACCAUUUUGGCGUUGACCUCACUGGACAGCUCCACACUAUCGCUGCUGUCCAAAGUAUCACCGCCUCGCAUCAGGAGCAGUAGCGUUGCUCUUCAAUUGGGAACAAUAGUGACAUUUUGCACUUUGGCCGCCAGACUGAUUGCAGACGUUCAGAUCGUCAUGAUUGGACUUUCCCAUCGAUUGAUCAACACUGAUCUAGUGAACUCCUUGGCCAUGCCGCUGCUAUUGGUCUGUAUCAUCAUUGCCCACUUGGUACGAAAGCAUUUCUUUUUCCUAAUGUAA